UUAACGGACCACAACAAUAACAACACUAGCGGGUCGAUCCACUCCUUGUGUCCGUCAAGGGUUUAGUAACUAAUAUGAGAUUAUAUGAGAUUAUAUGACCUUUGAAGCCUCGAUAACUGCACGAGGAAAUGUUUCUACGGGUAUCUACUUGUUUCCCGCCUAGAGUUACACGGAACCGUUUUGUUGUUGUAUUUUUAACUGGUGUGGUAUUACUGAAUGAGUGGAUUUCUUACGCUUUCACGGCCACUAAUUGGCCAAUAAUCAGUAACGACAGCGAAGACAGUGUCCGGGUAUUAAUAGCGGCAGAUCCUCAGAUUCUGAGUAUCCAAUCAGAGCCUUUCUUCCCAAGUAGCAUUCUUACAACUUGGGAUGCUAACAGAUUUAUUAGUCGCGGAUUUCAUCUCGCACUGUGGAAGACAAAGCCAGAUAUUGUUGUGUUUUUAGGUGAUCUUCUCAACGAUGGCAGUGUUGCUAGUGACGCUGACUUUAAUUCACUAGUUCAAGAUUUCAGAAGUCUUAUGUACAUUCCAAACUAUGUGAAGCACACAAUAUAUGUUCCUGGAGACAAUGAUAUUGGUGGAGAGGGAUCUGACCGGGUGACACCAAACAAAAUUCAGAGGUUCUAUUCAAUCUUCAACCAGUCAACUACUCUACAGUAUAAAUUCAUUGACUUUAUUCAAGUUCAAGUGAUGGAUGACGUUGACAUUAAGACCACAACUGUUCCACACAAGGAUGGUAGACUACGUGUACUAUUGUCACACAUACCGCUGUUACCCAUUACACGAACAAAAGCAAAGGAGGACUGUCACAUAUGCAGUUAUGCUCCGUGCUGGAUUGUGUGUGUGAGCCACAACCGUGUCGACCAGUUGGGAUAUGCUCCACAGGAUUUGAAAGUAUUACAACAACAUCCAUCCUUUAUAUUCUCUGGACACGAGCAUGAAUCUUUCCAUUUUGCUGGCACCAAGGACAAAGCACAAGCACAAGAAUUUCGUGUUCUUAAAGAAGAAAGAAAAAUUUGGGAUUUUGAUGCCUCGAAGGAUAGGUUACAUGAAGUGACAGUUCCCACCUGCUCCUACCGGAUGGGCAAACAGCAGUAUGGGUAUGGAACAGCUGUUAUUGAAAAGUCUGGCCUUGUUCACUACACCGUCCUGUGGCUACCGUCUCGCUUCACACAAUUGUGGCUGUAUUUGAUUUCCCUUGGUAUUGUCUUCCUAAUUUUUUUACCAUUUCUCCUUCGUGUUGUAAAAAACCAGCUUGUGAACCUGUGUCAUAUUUGUGGGUUUACUUUAGGAUUUGGACCUAAAUAUCAUCGUGUGUAAGUACUUCAUUAAUCGGCUUUGUGUUAUGUUUUAUGUGGGGGGGAUCAGUGUUGAGCAAGAGUAAAUACCUUAUCAGACAAAUCCCUGUCUCUAUUAUCCAUUCUGAACAAGAUUAUAUCACUGCAAUGCAAUAGUCACAAAAAUAUAUAAUCCAAAACUUUAUUUUCAUAUUUGACUUUCUAAAUUAUAUUUUAUAACAUUAAAGUAUUAUUUUGAGAAAAAUAUAAAUGGAUAUUAUAUGGGGUAAUUUAUUUUCUUACAUAAGAGCACAGUAUAGCUGCAUUUCUCAACUUUUGUAACAUUGUAUCUCUUGCAGAACCUCUAGUUACCUUGGGUUUCCAUAGAACCCCAGUGAAGAAACUACAGUACAGGUACAGGGUAUAUAUAUACUGUAUAACAUGGAUAAGGUGAUAUUUUGAUAAAUCAAAGUAUUUAUCAAAAGGAGGCACUAAGCCAGGGAGACUUAUGUAGCUUGAUGAGCCAAAGACAAUUUAUUCUUGCAUGUUAAUGUGCAAUAACAAAUAUCAAGAGUAAAACUGCAAAUACUGCAUUAUAUUCACAACACCGAACAAGUAAUUGAAAGGCAAAGGAUAUUACCUUCCUACUAUUAAUAAAAUAAAUUUUGGAGCAGCGGGAAGUACAAUGUCUUGAAUAAAAAACUUAUUAACCAUUACAAGCAAUGAAUUACACUCACAACAUAUUAAAAUUAAGAAACGGCGACGUUUUGGUCCGUCCUGGACUAUUAUCAAGUUGUGUGAGAGGAGAAGGAACAGGGAAAUAAAUAAGGUAAGAGAGAGAUGAGAGGCGAGGAGAAACAGGAAAAAUAAGAAAAGGAAAGUAAGAGUAAGAAAUGGGGUAAGAAUUAAGGGGGGGGGGUAUGAAUAAGAGAAGGUUUAGAAAAAUGGGAAAGAAAAAGAGAAAGGGGGCAAAGAUUAAGUCAUGUCACAUUUGUUAAUGUUAGAACAAUUAAGUAUGUCUUGUACUAGGGAAGCAUAAACAGCAACAAAGCCAGGACUAAGGUUCAUGUUGGGCAUGUUGUGUAUCAGAGCCGGUUCAACAAGGUGGCGUCUGUGACGAGUAGAGGCAGGAAAGAUUAUUUUACAAGAAUACCAAUCUAGCAGAUUAUUAGUCCUUGACAUGACUGAAGAGCAUUGUUUGUACGCAGACUUAACACUUUUGUAUUUAUUACGUCUAAGUCUGCAGACACAAACAAUGCUCUCUAUUGUCAUAUCAAGGGCUCUAAUAAUCCCAUUGAUUGGUCUUCUAAAAUAUUUCCUGUCACAGUACAUACAUAAAUGCUUUCUUUCUUAAGAAACAUGAUCCGACUUAAGCUUUGCCCUCUCUCUUUUUCCGGAUUUUCUUACCCAUUCUUUUAUUCAUACCCCCCCUAUUUCUUACUCUUACCUUUCCUCUUAUUCUUAUUUUCAUCCUAUUCUUAAUUUUGCCUUUUCUCAUCACCUCUUAUCUCACUCUUACCUUAUUUGCCCAUCCCUUCCUUUUUUGUCACAUGAUGAUGAUCCAGGAUGGACCAAAACAACAUCGUUUCUUCAUUUUUGAACAUGUGGUUUGGUCAUCACUUAUUAAUCUAUUAUAUUUUAAUACUAAAGGGGCACCCAGAAGUUCUUGGGUCAAUGUCUAUUUCUUCCCCCACCCGCCCUCCACUCCAUUUCACCCACCUCGCCCUGUACUCCUUUUCUUCCCCCUCCCGAACAUUUUAUUCUAGUUCUUCCCUCGUUAUCCCCCUGUCCCCUUUCUCACAUCUUCACUGUACUGUAUAUACUAUCUUCACCAUAAAAUCUUCACUACUGUGUCUUCAUCACUGUAACCAGAUUGAAUUAAGUUCAUUGUUGCAUAUUAUGAACAUGCAACAAUGUUCAUAAUAUUGUUGCAUGUUUUGCAAUAAUAAAAUGAAAAUCUUCCGAUAAACGGUGGGAGUAAUUUCACACUACCAAAAACACCUGCAAUUUAAUUUGACUUCAUGAAAAUUGCACAGGUGUGGGUUGAGUUAGAGGCUGAUAUUUCUUAAAAGUAUUUAACUUGGGUAAACCCCGACCAGCCUAUGUCCGUCCUAUACCCCAGACUAUUUCCUCUGCAAAGUUGGCCGAGGAUAGCCCCAAAUGUUUGGCCUCCAACCUUAGACUGACCAAACAUUUUCAUAUAUAUACACACACAUUAUAUAUACACCAGUUGCAGAGUGCUCGGCAGUAUGGGUUCGAGUCCCUUCUGGGGUGUGAGUUUUCAGUUGCAUAUAUGCUUGGGGACCAUUCAAGCUUGUUCACAUAUAUUAACUUUUUAAGAGAAUCAAAAACAAAAAUGACUGCAAAAGAAACCAUAAUACACUUACUGUACUAUACAAAAUAAGCAAACUAAGAAGUGUGGUGGACUAAAAAAAAAAAAAAAACCUUAACACAAGUAGAGUGGAUAAUUAACAAUUCACAGUAGUACUUUUUAGCUCUUAAGGGCUAAGUAUUGUCAAAAAAUCAACCUCUUUUUAUGUUACCCGAUGUUUAAUGAACACGCGUACAAGGCCAGGUGGCCAACUGAAACAAUACCUGUAUGGCUCAAAAUAGCAUUCAAACACUGGUGCACAAAAUUCAAGUUAUGAUAAUGGUUGAUCUUGAAAGAUUAAGAAUAAGACAUGCUAAUGGGUGAAGAUAAUGUAUGCUUUGAAGUACCUGAACUGAGACGUUUUGUAGGAAAUACACACAUUCAUGUUUGAAAUAUGGAAAUCAUGUUAGAUAAAGAGGAAGUAGUGUAAAGUGUCAAAUGAUGCUUGAAAUAAAUUUUGAACUGUUAUUCUGACCAAAAAAAGUUUGUAAAUGUGAGUUACAGUUGUUUGAAGCAGCAAUACAAUAAACCAAGGCAGAAAUCAACAAGGGGUGAAUUGAUGAGUGCUGCAGGACCUAAUGAUCAAUGUAUAAUCUUCAAUAUCAGCACAGUACAUAAUGUGAAAUUUGGUGCUAGUUCAACAUGCUUCUGGAGUAGCAGAAUGUUGUAUUUCAUUUUGAGUGCUUCAGUGAUUAAUAUUUGCUCAGACUCUUAUGCAAAACUAGUAUUAGUUUUAGGUACUGUAUUGACCAUUUUGUUUUUAUUUUAUACCGAGUAUGCAUGGUGGCUACAGUUGGCUAAUUUCCAUAUUUGAAGUAAAUAAGAUUGUUUAUUAUACUGUAUAAAGUUUUAAAGUACAGUACUAGUAGAUUGAGCUGCUUAUUUUUUUUAUAUUAGUUUGUACAAAUUACUAGAAUGUAGUUAAGUUUUUGAGCAUAUCAAAUUAUAUUUUAAUGUAAUAAAUAGCUGUAAUAAAAUAUUAAUAAAUUAGAA